AAGAGGAAAGGGAAGUGACUUGCGAAACUGAAUGUGGUUUAUCGAUUUUUUCCCCCCAUAAAGCUUCGAAGUUAAGUAUAUUUGAGUUAGGCAAUAUUUUAACAUACUGAGCCGUGGAAAUACCUUAUUCUUUCUUCCAGGUGGAUGCGACAGGACCGUUGGUCGAUGAACCAAGUGCAUGAUGACCUUAGUGCUACCAGCAUUUUGUAGUAACUACCCGCCUAGCCUAAACUCUUUCGUCUCCCGUGAGAAUACAAGUAUGCCUUGUGGUUUUGACAGCGAACCUUUGGACUUUGAGUCUGUGUUGUUCUCAGUCGAGUGGCCAUCGUCGUUACGUGAUGUGACCGAGUCAGCUCAGGACAGUGACUUACAGAAAAUUACCCCAGUGUCAGCUACUGGCAACAACCCUGGGGAAGGAGAGUUGACUUGUGCGGACAAGAGAAAACUCCCCCAAGUUUCUGAGUGCGAAUUGAAACGACCAAAGAAAGAUUAUGAGAAUAUUACCAUUAGCAAUGGAAGUAAAGAAGUUGAUCCAGGUUGUGCCGUUUUGGUUCUGGACAAAAAGUCAAAAAAUAAUGUCAUUGCUGAUCACGAAUUAGGCCACGAACAAGAUCAAGAAAUGCUAAUUGAUGAUGCAUUUCUUCCUUCUCGCAGGCGCGUGCCUCAGUUGUGGAAUCCGCGCAUGCGUUGGAAAGACGAACGACGUAAGGUCUUAAAGCUAUCUCUGAACAAGCUGCGCCGUAUCAAAGACCCGGAGAUAUUUCUGUGUCGCUCAGUUCUCAUCAAUAAUACCGUCAAACAUUUACAGAAAGAGAUCCGUGAAGAAAAAAAUGCCCGCCACCAUGCAGUAGGAAGAACAAGUUAUAUCUUAGGUUCUUGUUCCUCCUCCGCUAACCCAGACUCGUGUGAGCCCCACUCAACAUCUAAGAGCUGGAGUUUCGAUGCCGAGCCAGCUGACAUAAUUCCGCGAAAGUCUCUAAGUGAUUCGGUUUCAUUUUCUUCAGUAAGUAGUACCGAAGAAGGUAUUCCUAACUAUGAUGAACUAUUUAAUCUAGAAGAAGUUUUGCAAAUUGAUGAACCUUGUAGACAAUCCAAAUCUCAUGCGGAAACGGCUUCUGGACAGUUAACUGGCUGUUACUCAGUUUCUUGUACGUGCCCAGUUUCCAGCAGCGAUAACGAGUGUCCCAAGCACGUUUAUUCAUCAAGUUGCAGAGGGAAAAACCAAGAUGACCGCAGUUCUCGGCGUCCGGCCUCGCCCAACCCAUGCGCUACACAGUACCGUAUCAAUCAUGAUUCAUACCGUUCAGACGCACCAUCUCAAGGCACGUCAGUCCUAGACUCAGUUGUGUAUCAAAGUUUGUUAGCGUCAUUGGAAACGUGAGGUGAAACGAAAAAUUUUAAACAACUUUUGUGUAUGACAGCUUAAAAAUAACCUGUCUUGUGAUGCUACAGGAUCUCUUACGUUUUCUUUUUCUUCACACAAUCUUUGUAAUAGAUAGCACUUAGGUGGAGACAUAUUAAUAUAUAUCCACGAAAAAUUUUAUUAUUGCUUCACGUUUCCCACGUGUUUGGUUAGGUGUGUGAAGAGAGAGAUCGUGAGCUACGAUAUAGUUUGUUAGCCCGGGAGUAUCGGUCCUUUCCAUUACGAUCAGAACCGAUGAAUGAACCAACUGUAGAAGCCUUAUUUACAGGAAAGCGAUUCCUCGCACCAUAUGAACCAUGAAAUGUUCACUAGUUUUCACAUCAAAACCGGCUUUCCAUCGGAUACAAUUUUCGCACCAGUCUCGCCCUCUCCUGACUUCCACUGACAAUAAUUAAAAAUCUAAUUUAGUUAAUUUGAUUAGUUUAUAACUGUAGCAUAUUUAAGUUUUGAAUAUAUUAUAUUGAUUCUUGUUUGUAUUAUUAACAACUAGUAUUGCUUAGUUUAUUUUUUGUGUUGUAUCUUGUUAAGUAAUCGCCAAAUAUGUAUGUUUCUUCGUUUUCUACCUGAACCGUUUUUUAAGCAACUUAUCAAGCAGUUCCAAUAUUAUUUUCUGCUAAUGUUGCUAGGUUAGUUCUUUUAACAAGUGAAGAACUCCAACAAAACCUUUUGGCGACACUAAUAAGCUCGAGGUUGUGUGAGUUUACGCUACAAGUACGAAGGUGUGUGCUGUCUGCACGAUGAGGAAACUAAAAUGUCCGUAGAUAUAUAUUGGAUACACCAUUUUCAUAAUAAAUAAUUGAAGUAAAAUAUAAUAGUUAAAUAAACAUCUUUUAUGCCCCAGGAUAUCUCGAUUAUUUAUUUUAAUGCACUUUUGGAAUUUUGCAUUAAUACACACGAUGAUUGGAUAACGGCUUAAUUCGUUAGGUCGUUAUUACUUUGUCUGACAGCAAUUCAGAUAAUUGUUAGUAAAACGCAUCUUCAAAGAUUUAAAGUUACAGUUGUUAGUAUUAGUUAAUUUACUACAUUUAAGAAAUACAUUUAUUUACGAAGUUACAAUUCACCUGUUGUCAACUUAUUUUGUUAAAUACGUGUUUGUGUUCAUUUACCAAAGUAAAGAAUUAAAGUUAGAUUUGUUUACAAGCUAUUACGAGUUAUUUUCUUAUUUAGCUUUAUACGUGGUUCUUUGAUUUUAAAACACGAGGUAUCUAGUCAUACCUAUGUUCUAUAACGAAUCCAUAUUUUCUGUGUUUCGGUGUUUUUGUUUUCGUCGAUUAAAUUUAAAAAUUACAUUUUUCAUUCGCAACAACACAGAGUUAGCUAAAUCCCCUUCAGUGUUGGAACACCAGACAGAAAAUAAAUGUACCUUGCUGUUAAAUAUAUUAAGAUAUUAUGGUUAACAGAUGUAUCUUUGAACUUUCCCAGUAAUGCCUAUAUGUGGCGAACUUCGACUUGCUUACUCGCUUAAUGAGGAGGCCUGAAAGAAGUCACGUGAUCAACAAUGGGUUUUUUUUUUCUACGAGCGCAAAAUCUCUCUUGGUUUCGUUAAAUAUAGCCACCGUGGUCUGAAAAACGUACGCGUAUGCAUUGUUGUAUCUCAGCUAAUAUGACAGUCUAUUUCAUGUACGGAUGAAUAUAGAAAUCUGAAAAACUGACUAGAGUGUUUAAGAGUGAAAGAAAAUAGGAGUGAAUUAUUAUUCUACUUACGGUAUUUAUAGCAAAUGAAAGCAACACACACAGUUUGAUUACGUAUUGUGCAAUCACAACACGUCUUUCAUUCAUGUGUUUUAAGAUGCCACAUUUGUUGAAUAUAAAACAAAUUUUCCCCUGAAGAAUACAGUUUAAAGAAUAAUUCAAAUAAGGAAUGGGUUUUUGUAGGAACUUUCAGCCAGUACACUGUGUGGCAAACAUAUGUGCUAAUUAUUAAGUUUGUAAGGAAACAGGAAACAAGUGGGCGCCGCAGAUCAUUGAUACAUAACUCCAUCUUCCAGCGAGAAGAAAAGAAAAAAAAUAAUAAUACCGUUUUCUUGGGCCAGUCAUCAAAGAAUACUGGUAAAUAUUAUUUGUUUGAUGCAGUUCAUUCUUUCAGUUCUUGAAUUUUUCGACCCAGUAAAUUCACACUUUUCACACAAUCCUUUUUUUCAAUGAGGAUUCAUUAUCAGCUAAUUUUACGUGAACCAGAUUCUUGCCCUGUUAAUUUAUGUUCAACGGAGCCACUGCGUUUUGUUUUUAGUUAUAUUUUUAUUGUUGUUGUCAUUUUAUGUGUUGUACGUUGUUUAUGGUCCUCUCCACUGUCGCAACAUAAUUGUUAUAUUGCUGGAAAUUAUUAAUUACCAUGGUGUACCGUCAACAGCUUCCUGUUGUAUAUAUAAAUUUGGGGCUGUCGAAACUUGUACGAAGAUUUUAAUGUUAUAUAUUUAGACACUAAAAUUUCAGUGUCGUGAGGUUGUCAGUAUUCUUCUUUUUUAAAAUCUCAUUAAUAUAUGAAAUGUGUGGUUGAGUUCUGAGAAAAAUCGGAUUUCAGGUACGCUUAAAAUCGGCAAAAGGCAUUUGGGAAGGCAUGUUCUUAAAUUACUUAACCCACAGUUCGUAGAAGUUUAUUACAAAGAAUAACGUGAAAAUAAUCAUCUGUCGAUAGGCAUAUCUGUUUAUCAGUCGAAUCUCAGGUUUGUAAGUUUUCGUUUAAAAAAAAUGAUGUUGUUAUGAGGAAAGCCGAUAGUAUUCAAGGUACUUAUUUUCCAAGAAACUUUACAGAGCAGCUCAGAUGAUGCCGAUGCUUUCUUGCCAAUGGCUUGAAAAAGUAUUUAAAAAUUGUUCAAUCAAAUAUUCUUACAGACACUAUGUUCCAAGUUGUGCAAUGCUCAUUUGUUUGUUACUAUUAGGCAAGCUGCAAUAUUCAAUUACUAAACCUAAAUAUGUUUCACCUCUUCAUUUAUUUUUUGAGAAAUAAAAGUAUGGUGUUGUUUUCAGUUAAACUCAUUGGCUAUAGCAGGGAAUCAUUGUCAGACAUGACAAAGUGUUGUUUUUUCAUGUAUUUUGUCAGCUAACUAAGGAGUUCAUUUUUAGCAUAUCAAGAAUUUUUUUUUUCACACUCUUUAAAAUAAUGGCGUUUGUCUGAAUAAGUUUCUUAUGCUUUUUGACUAUUUUAUUUUCUGUAUGUGUUACAGGUUUGAUAGUUACUGUGAAUUUACACUUAAUAAUUAGUGUAUU